AUACAUCGGACGUAAAUCACACAGUUUUCAUGACAUUGGUAGUCCUAAAAUAUUCGCGUUAAACUCUUAAAACAUCACCUGUUAUAACUUUAAAUAAUUAUAGGUAGUUCUGUCUAACAAUGGAUAAAAAUGUUUUUGGCAGACAGAUAAAUGAACAACUACUGAAUGAUCAAUCGGGUUACAAAAUACCUCGAUCUGUUACAAGCAAGAAUAACGAUAACAACAUUAAUAAUUAUGGAAACAUUUUUCUCACUACGACAGGAGAAAUUAGUUCAGAUUACAUACAUCGAAACAAUUUUUUAGAAAACAAGAGACCUAAUGUUUCUUUUAUGGAGAACACAGUAGAUAACGAUGAACAGUUCAUUUCAAACAUGAAAAAAAUAAUUGAUAAGAAUUAUAUCAUGUACAACAAAGAAAAUUGCAGCAUAAGAAAUUUCCAAAGCAGAUUAUCAAAGAAAAAGAAAAGUGCACUUACCGACGAAGAUCAGAAUCUAAUGAAACGGUUUAAAAAAUCUGUGGACGACAACAAAACUAUGUCUGUAUUUCCGCAAAAUAUACAGCAAUCUGUAACUACAACUCCUGUUAGCAAUCGCAAUUAUUCAGUGAGUGCAAGUAUCCCACAGAUUACUUCAACUUUUGCAUCGCAUAAUAAGAGUUUAAGAAACAACACAAAUCCAUUACUGUUUCAUGUUACUUUAAAGGUGCAGAAAAAUGAUCAAUUGAUGCUACCUGAAACUACAAAAUCUGCCACUGAAAUAGAAACCGAGCAAUUCUGUUAUAAAAUGCAGUACUUUACAUCGCCCCAAGAAAAUUAUUAAAUAAUUUACAGUUUAUUAUGACAUAAUUUUGAUAAUUUAUUAUAAUAUUAGAAACAAAAGUUUGAAUAUUUAUUACAUUUUAUCAUUUGUUCAAAGUAGAAUAGUUUUUG